AGAUCGCCUUAGCUAAAUGUGUGCUAUGCCUUUUGUCAGAGUGAUUGAACUUUAUCAGCAGCGAAUUCAGUGGCUGUUGCAGGACAGCAGAAAGAUGUUUGGCCUUAUAAAAGGAACCAAAGUUGGACUUUUGGUUGAUGUGUCUCAUAUAAGCUAUGGACCUAGACUGCUGGAGUUUCAGAAGGAUCUUUUUUGCUUAAUAGAUGAACAACUAUGUUAUAAGAAGCAACUGUACUGCCUCUCAUUCAGUGCAGAAAUGUCACCUCUGUGGGAGAGUCCAAAAAACAUCAAUGUUCAUGUGCUACAUGAAGCAAGACAGUGGAUACAGCAGCUGGAGCCUGGUCGAGGCUGCAAUUUGCUGAAAGGCUUAAAACAUGUCCUUAUGAUGAAAGAACUCAAUUCUCUGGUUCUUAUUGUAGGAAGCUGCCCUGAUCAGUCCUUGGAAAUUCUGUCUGACUAUGCUCAGCAGUGUAUGCUGGGGAGAAAACUGCACAUCCAUGCUGUUACAUAUGAUUGCAGCAGUCCUGCUUCUCUUGCAGUUCUAAAGAACCUUGCAGAAGCUGUAAGAGGCCGUUAUCAUUGCUACUCUUCAAAGGGAGAGAAUUUUGAUAGCAGUGACUUUCAGCUGCUACUUCAGGAAUCUCAGAAGGCUAAGGACCUACUCAGGAGCAUAAAGCAGACUUUCCAAAGAAGAAUUGGUGACUCACUUAUUGGUAGAAUAGCAGAUGUUUCCACAGGAUUUGCAAGUACAGCACCUUCUGACUUCUUCCCAAAGCCUCCAAAGCAUGAAGGACCAUUAGUUAUUCAAACACCAUGUGCCCUGGCCAAAACCUCAAAAGAAUGGUUGAAGACAUAUGGAUUGAAAGCUAAAAAGUUAAACCUUUAUCAGGUUCUGGCUCCCAGUGCUUUCUCUCCUGUGGAAAAAUUUGUACCUAUUCUUAAAAAAACAGUAUCAUCAACUCUACACGAGAAAGCAAUGAUGCAGUUUGAAUGGUAUGAUGGAACUGUGAAAAAUAUCCAUGUUGACCUGCCAGUGUUGUAUAACUAUCAGAAACUCCUUGUUAAAAUGGUAAGAAUCUAUGAGAAACGAAUUGACUGGCUAUCUGUUGCUAGCAGAAGAAUAUGGGGAAGUGUUUGUGAAAGGAGGUAUCGUACUUCGGUAGUCCUUUCUUCGUGUAUGGUUCUAGUUUGCCAGCCUUUGCUCUUUGUGGUGGUUAUACUUCUUGAUAUAUCAGUGACAAACUCUAUGUACAUCAUCCAUAUCCAACAUUCUUUGCGACUUUUACUUGAGGAACAAAUGUCAAAUAAGGAUUGCUUCAAUAUUAUAGCAUUUGGGAGUGAUAUUGUGCCUUGGCAGCUGGAACUGGUUCCUUCCCAACCAGAAAACUUACAAAAGGCUUGGAGGUGGGUGUUAAGCCUGCAGUGCAAAGGGAGUAGAAAUCUCAUGAGUGCACUGAGGAGAGCUGUGGAAAUAGAUUUCAAAGACAAGGAUAAACACAAAUCACAAGGACUUUACCUGCUGACUACUGGAAUACCUGAUCACGAAACACACACAAUCAGUGCUUAUGUGGCUGAGGUUUGCAGAGGUUUUGAUUUACAGCUUCAUGUCUGUCUGUUCAGUGUAAUGGAGGAGGUUGACUCUAAUGGGAUCAUUCCAGCCCACUAUGCUAACCCAACUGAGACUGCAAGUGCUUUUAAAGAAAUAGUACAGGGAGCCAAUGGGAGAUUUCAUUGGUUUGGAGAAGCAGGUAUUUUCGAAAGUGAUGAUAUCACUAUUAUUGUGUCUGAAAUGGAAAAAGCAAACAAGUACUCCCAAAAGUGUGCAUUCCUAGUGGAAUCCUUAAAGCAACGUUCAGUAAAUCAGUCUGUUAAUCCAUUUAUACCAGAAGGAGACUCAAAUGUGCUUACAAAGGAAGAGAAAAGAAGGCCACAGAAGUUGCCAUCUCCUAAACCCACAGCCCUGAGUCUGGCUAGAAUGUAUAUUAAAGACAACCAUGGUGCAGAGAGAAAUGCUUCCAGAAGAGUACAGGCAUGGCGUCCUACUAAUGCCAAAGCAGAAAUUCCACCAGGUCCAGUAUACCAAAAGUAUCCAAAGGUAACGUGCGUAGGAAAGUCUGUUCCCUCUGUUACGUUGCCAAACAAAGAGGAAAUCUGUUCAAGCAAAGAGUGGCUGACCAAGUACAGUAUUAAAAAGCUUAAACUGGACUUGCCCCGGCUGCUGUUUGGUCCAGGCUGCACUCACCAACAGAAAACUGUGGCGUCGCUGCACAAGAAAGUGUCAGCAAAAUACUGCACUGUCUUCCCUAGUGUGGAAAUCAAUGGGGUUGUGAAACAUCUGCAGUUUCAACCUAAAGAACUGGAAAUCUACACUGAACAACUGGAGAAAGUGUUGCGGCGCUAUGUAGAAAGAAUACAGUGGCUUCUGUCAGGAAGCCGAAGAUUGUUUGGUACCAUUUUAGAAGCAAAUGUCUGUAUUUUGGUUGACACAUCUGGUUCCAUGGACCCAUAUUUGCCACAUGUCACGAAAGAACUUACCUCUCUUAUCUGGGAACAGCUGAGAAAAAAUAAAGUAAGGUUUAACCUGCUGAGAUUUGCAGAAAAUACAGAGAGUUGGAAGGAGUGUCUUGUAGAGGCCACUGAUGAAACAUGUCACGAUGCUGUGCAGUGGGUGUCCACAUUCCACGCUCAUGGCAAUACAUGCACCCUUAUGGCUUUACAGAAGGCUCUCAGUUUCCAAGGUAUAGAGGCACUGUAUGUAUUGACUGAUGGAAGACCAGACACCAGUUACAGUCUGAUUUUGACAGAAGUUGAAAGAUUGAGAAAAAACCAAGAUAUUAAAAUUCACACCAUUUCUUUUAACUGUGCAGACAGAGGAGCUAAUGAAUUUCUGAAGAAGCUUGCUUCCCAAACAGGAGGGCGCUAUCACUGCAGUUUUGGAGAUGUGGAUGGACAAUUAGCAGCACACAGAAUGCUGACAGAGGGGCUUGAUGAUGAAGAUGAUCCAGUUUUCCCUUACUUUGAAGGAGACGAUUUAAAGAAGCUUACUCAAGAAGUAGCAAAAGCUAGAGGUUUCUUAAAGCAGGCAAAAUCUUUGAGGAAUAAGGAUCUACAUCUUCUUUUCCCUUCUGGCAUGCACUUACAGCAUGACAUGGGUAAGUUGUUUUGCCUCUGUAGCUUACUUUUCUAGUUUAGCAAGGAAUGUGAAGAACAUUGUGUUACCAUAAAGUAUUUAAUGUUGCAUUUGAGCAAUGCAUACUUUGGGUAUUUAAAUUAAAUCUGUUGUUGCACUAAUA